AGGUACGACGCUCAGGGCGACCAAGUCGGAGAGCAGCUCCCCUUCGCCUCCAUGUCCGCAGAAGUGCUAGCCGAGGAGUUCGAGGUACUCGAGUCGAUCUACCCGGAAGAGCUCACAAAACUAUCGGAAAGGGAAAUCCGCAUCGAGGUCGAGCCCGAUGACCCCGUGGAUGGGAUCGAGCCCCUCACGAUAACCCUGGACGUUGAAUACACGGACGAAUACCCCGAUGUACUACCCACGUUUACGCUAGACUCAACACAAGGCGAGCUCGAAGAGGCGGAACUCACUCAUCUCCACGAUGAGCUGCAGAGAGUGGGAGAAGAAAACCUGGGCAUGGCGAUGACCUUCACGCUAGUGACGCAUCUCCGAGAGCGACUAUCUGCUAUCAUGCGGGAGAGGGAGGAACGCGAUCGCCACGAAGCCGCAGAGAAGGAGCGGAAAGCGCUCGAAGCGGAGGAAGCGAGAACUCGUGGAACACCUGUAACGGUGGAGUCAUUCAAGGCGUGGAAGAUCAAGUUUGACAAGGAGUUGGCCGUGAAACGAGCUCGUGAAGACGAGGAAAGGCUCAAGGGCUGGUCGGCCAAGGAGAGAGAAGAAUACAGGAAGGCUCUAACCCGUCUUUCCGGCCGACAGCUCUUCGAACGCGACCAGAAUCUCGCGGCACUGGACGAAGAUGUAGACGAAGAGGGCGUCUCAGUCGAUAUCAGCCAGUACGACAGAAACGCAAGAGAAGAAGAGGAAGAGAACGAAGACAUCGUCACCUUUAGCGACAGCGAUUGAAGCAGACUUCACACACUCGAUAUGUAGCAUUCAGCUGUACGCCCCACCACAUUGUAGUCUAGUAAUGGUUGUCCCGCUAUACAAAGUCCAGCGCUACAAUCC